UACCCUAGACAUCUAGAAGCUACCAUAUAACCUCUUUCGUCUAAGCGUAAAAAGAAGGCACCACUAAGGAAGGCGCAGGAUACGCUGCAUAUUCAAUAUCUGAAAGCAGUCCUACAAAGAAUCCAAUUCAUCGACCAACUUUCAACAACGUCCGCAGCAGCAGUACAUUUUCUCUUCUAGAAAACCGGUAAACAUCACUUUCGUCAAAGUGCUUACCUAGAUACCGACAUUCAAUCUUAAUUUCUACCUCAAUUUCCUCCGCCACCCGUAUUAAAUUCGUCGAGACUUGGUCCUUCAUCCAUUCAGUCAAUCAUUUCUAUCGUAUUCGCCUAAUAAACUUCGGGGCUCUAAUAUACCAGCCCAAGACACCCACAAGUUCAACGCCUUCUAUCAAGAAAAAUGUCUCUCAACCCUACUCUCAACCAGUGCGCUGUAUGCUGGAAAGAGGGAGGUCAGCUUUGCGCCUCUUGCAAGAGCUGUCACUAUUGCUCGAAGGAGUGCCAGAAAGCCGACUGGAAGUCACACAAGCUGCUGUGCAAGGACAUGACGACUCACUCGGAACGUCCCUCUCCUUUUCACGUUAGGGCUAUCUACUUUCCACAAGACAAGGCAGUCCCACAACUCGUCUGGAUUCCUUGCAACCAAAAUUCCGAGACGCCCGAAGAACCGAAUCACCCAAAUCCGGAUUCAGUUGGAGAAUUCAUUGGGGUGAUUGCUAACGCGCAUCGAGUGCAUUGGAACUAUGUUCAUAAGAAGUCAACACUCCGCAUUAUAGAUUUCCACUUUCGGGACAAGUUUCUUUACGAUGGAUCGAAGCCGACGGAAAGCCUCUAUACGACCGUUGCCAAACACGGCCGUGGAAAGUUCACUUGGAAGGGCCCCCUUGUUGUCUUUAGUAUCUCGGUCGAAGAUCCGCCAGAAUAUUCCAAUAUACCAGUCUAUCGGUAUACCGAUGCUACACUUGCGGACUUUCGAGCUAUCAUCGAUCACUCACUCGGGUACGAUGAAUCCGAGGAAAUAGGUCCUGCCCCUCUAGACCCCCAUGCUAUUAUGGAACCCCUUUUAAGGGAUCCCACAAUGCCACGUUUUGCAAAUGUUUUCUUAAUGUAGAGUGAUAUAGAUUUCUACAAGGCAUACAGAAGGGUCAGUUAGGUACGCGGGCAACUAGUGAAAUUUUAUGGUGAUACUUAAUAGAGUUACAAAUAAAUGCGCGUGGGUUCAAAUAGCAUUGUAUUCUAGUUAAGAGUCUCUAGGUACAACCUAGCACAGACAACAACUGAAAUGAAAUGUAACCGCGGC